AUGAUGAAUCAAAGUAUAACAGAUGAUGAAGAUGGAAAUGAUAAUGGUAAUGAAGUACUUGAUUUGAGUAUGAAAAAAGGUUUACCUGUAUUACUUUCACCCCCAUCGUCAACAACAUCUUCUUCCUCUUCUUCAUCAUCAGUUAUUUCACCAAAGAAUGGUAAACGAGUGUUAGAUUUAAAUACAUCCUUUUUAUCAUCAUCAUCAUCAUCAACAACAACAACAACAACGACAACGACUAAAGGUCAACAAACAAAUAAACGUCCAUUACGUUUUCAAUGUAAACAUUGUGAUUAUAAAGCACCAUCAACAUCAUUAAUGCAAAAUCAUAUUUAUCGUCAUACGGAUUUAACACCAUAUGCAUGUGCAUACUGUGGUCAUAAAUCGACAACAAAAUCAACAAUUAUGGUACAUAUUGAACUUUGUCAUCCAAAUAUGGAAGUUAAAAUAAUUGAAAAUCGUGUACGUGAACAAGAUUUUUAUCGAGAUUUAAAUAGUUCAGACAUAACGAAAAUUCAAGAACCACAAAUUAAAAAACAACGUCAUUCAUUAAAUCAAUAUGAUAGUGAAUCAGCACCAAUUAAUGGUGUAGCUAUAUCAUUAAAAACAAUAAUUGAUGAUGGAAAUGAAUUAUCACCAGAAAGUGAUGAAGUAUAUGGAACAGAUAAUUUUGAAUCUAUUCUAUUACCAACAUCGGAUAUUCUUGAUGAUGAUAAUGAACAAUUAACAGAAUCAAAUCCUUUUGAAUCAUCACCGACACUUAAAUUAAAAUUUUCACCACCACUAACCCCUACAAUGGAUUCAUUAUCAAAAUCUGUUACAAAAGAAUCAGAUUCUGAUGAUGAUUCAGAAUAUCUACUUGUUUACAAUCGUCCUAAACAGUAUUAUGGUUCACUAUAUGAACCUGAUAAACAGUAUGCAUGUAAAUUAUGUACAUAUACAACAAAUCAUCGACCAAGUAUGGAAGAUCACGUAUUUGUACAUACAAAUGAAAAGCCAUACAAAUGUGGUUAUUGUGGUGAAGAAAUUUUUACACGUUAUGCUGCUACUUAUCAUAUCAAAUAUAAACAUGCUGGUAUGGCACGUAAUUUCAUUCAAAAUAAAGCUGAUGUUACUAAAUAUUAUGUUAAUCGAGCCAAGAAAGAAGAAGAAAAAAAUCAAUUUAAAUUAGUUGAUACUCGUCGUGUUAAAGUUCCAAACCGCAAUGGAAAAUCAGUAAAUAAUCAAUCGAAUAAAAUGGAUAUUUUAAUUGAACGUCCUAUUCAACGUGAACGCUCAUCCCCUCCUCCUCCUCCUCCUCCUCCUCCUCCUGUUCUUUCAACUCCAUUACCAGUUUCUCAACCAACAAAAUGUUCAUCGUCUACUCCCCCAUCAAACAAUUCACGAGUACCUGCAACUCCUGACUAUCGAUUUUUAUUAGCUUGGUCGUAUUACUUAGCAUCACAAGCUACUUGGCUUUCACCUAUGCUUCAGCAACAACAACAACAAGGUCAAUCACCACUUUCUUUACCGACUGAUCCAGAAUCAGCUGCAAAAUUUCUACAAGCUAUGGAAGCAGCUAUGAAUCCGUUAACAACAAAACAAACAUUGAACAAUAAUAAUAAUAAUGAACAAACAAAAAAUGAACAUAACUUUGGAACAAAUUCUACAUCAGCUAUUGUUAAAGAUGAACCAAAUGAAUCUUAG